CUGUUCAUCUUUGAUGGUCUGGAUGAAAGUCGAUUUACUCUGGAUUUCAAGAACAAUCCGAUCCUGACUGAUGUUACAGAGUCCAGCUCAGUGGAUGUUCUGGUGACAAACCUCAUCAGGAGGAAACUGCUUCCCUCUGCUCUCCUCUGGAUAACCACACGACCUGCAGCAGCCAAUCAGAUCCCUGCUGAGUGUGUCGGCAUGGCAACAGAGGUCAGAGGGUUCACUGACCCCCAGAAGGAGGAGUACUUCAGGAAGAGAUUCAGAGAUGAUGAAGAGAAGGCCAGCAGGAUCAUCUCCCACAUCCAGAAAUCAAAAAGUCUCCACAUCAUGUGUCACAUCCCAGUUUUCUGCUGGAUCACUGCUAAAGUUCUGGAGGAUGUGAUGAAGACCAGAGAGGGAGGAAAACUGCCAAAGACUCUGACUGAGAUGUACAUAGCAUUCCUGGAGGUUAACUUCGCAAUCAAGAAGGAAAAGUAUGAUGGAAGAAAAAAGACAAGAUCAAUCUGGAGUCCAGAGAACAAGAAGCUGAUUGAGUCUCUAGGAAAACUGGCUUUUGAGCAGCUGCUGGAGGGAAACCUGAUCUUCUAUGACAAAGAGCUCAAAAAGUGCGGCAUCAACAUCAAAGAUGCUGCGUUGUUCUCAGGAGUGUUCACUGAAAUGUUUAAAAGAGAGAGAGGGACGUGCGACAUCUCCGUCUACUCCUUUGUUCAUCUGAGCAUCCAGGAGUUUCUGGCUGCAGUCUACAUGCUCCACUGUUUCACCAGCAGGAAGUCAGAGGUGAUCAAGACGUUUCUAGGAGAAAAAUACAGAGAAACAUCUCUAGAUGAGUUCAUGAAGAAAGUCAUGGAGAAAUCUCUCAGCAGUGAAAAUGGCCACCUGGACCUGUUUGUCCGCUUCCUUCAUGGUCUCACUGUGGAGUCCAACCAGAGACUCUUAGAAGAUCUGCUGGGUCAGACAGAGAACAGUCCAGAAACCAUCCAGAGAAUCAUCACCAACCUGAAGGAGAUGAACACUAAUAGAAUCUCUCCUGACAGAAGCAUCAACAUCUUCUACUGUCUGGUGGAGAUGAACGACGUCUCAUUUUAUCAGGAGAUCCAACGGCUGCUGGAUUCAGGGAAGAAGCUCUCAGAGACUCACUGUUCAGCUCUGGCCUUCAUGCUGCAGAUGUCAGAGGUUCUGGAUGAGUUGGACCUGGAGAAGUACAACACAUCAGCAUCAGGACGACUGAGACUGGUUCCAGCUGUGAGGAACUGCAGAAAGGCUCGGUGA